AUGGCGCGCCCUUUGAACAUGGACACCUUGCAGCAGAACUUCUGGAAAGAAGAGUACCUCAAAGAGAUCAUGCUCCGCUUUGGCUGGCACCAGAAGUAUGGGGUCCUCGUGAAGGCCAAGCAGGAGGCCCAACGGGAGCGGCGCAAGAAGGGCAUGGACAACACCCUCCGGCUCCCUUCCGUGAAGGCUCCUCCGCUUGUCCUCCCCAGCUCUCGCCCUCCCCAGCCCCCAGCCGCUGUGGGGCCACCACGGGAGCGCGACCUGACUGGGCUCGAUGCAAUGAUCCUGGAGGCCGAGAUGAGGCCGGCGCCCCGGGAGGUGCGCUCUCUCUUGUACCAGGGCAUCUCCCAUGAGGACGAAGGGCGCCACCGCUACCUGAAGACCCGCCUCCUCCUGAACCCGGAGGACAAGUAUACGUUUCCUGUCACCACCAACUUCAACUAUGGCUGGCAGAUGGGUGAGUGGCCCAAAGAGUUGCAGGCGUUGCUGAGGGCCACUUGCAGACUGUGCCGCAUCGAGAGCUUCUUCCGCAAGAAUGGAGCCUUCUCCCUGUUGAACCCACGGGAUGUGGCCCUUUGA